AUGAAGUCGGUUGCUGUUCUCGGACUCCUCACUCAGGCUGCUGCCCUGACCAUCCCCUCCGUCACCGGCCGUGGUGAGAACAUUGUUGGCGGCCAGGAUGGCACUAUCCAGCAGUUCCCCUACCAGGCAAACUUCAACAAGAACAACAGCCCUCACUGCGGCGGCACCAUUCUUGACAAGCGCACCAUCCUCACCGCUGCCCACUGCACCUACGGCCUCACUGCCUCGGCCAUGAGCAUCCGCGUCGGCGCCACGGACCUCAACGAGGGUGACCGCUACCAGGUUGAGAAGUUCAUACAGCACCCCAAGUACAACGCGCAGGCCACCGACUACGAUGUGUCCAUCCUGAAGCUGUCCAAGGACCUCAUCUUCAACGACUCUGUCCAGCCCAUUGGUAGCAUCACUAACAGCGAGGCUGCCACUGGCACUCUCAUCACUGUUUCUGGCUGGGGAGCCACUUCUGAGGGUGUCUACGGCACCACCACUCUCCAGUACGUCGAUGUCCCCAUUGUUGACCACGACGAGUGCAACAAGGACUACAACGGCGCAAUCACCAGCCGCAUGAUCUGCGCUGCCUUCCCCGAGGGUGGAAAGGACUCGUGCCAGGGCGACAGCGGCGGCCCCUUUGUCAAGGACGGUACCAUCUACGGUAUCGUCUCUUGGGGUGAGGGCUGUGCCCGUGCUGGCCUUCCCGGCAUCUACACCAACAUUGCCAACUCGGAGAUCCGCUCCUUCAUCAAGACCAACGCCGGUCUCUAA